AUGUCUCAAGAUAGUCCUUCAAAACUUAAGAGGCAAUUUUCCACCCACUGGCAAACCAGUACGGCUGAUAAUAACCUAACACUGCAUGGAUUUCGCAGAUUUAAAACAACACACUUGCUCAACCUUCGUUUCCUAGAAACCGAGAUCGCUGAGGUAGACCAUGACAUAUACCAAGCGGGGCUGAAGUUGGGGAUACCGCCGACGCCCGACGAUAGGCUAGGACUCCGAUUUUGUCGGAAGGAUGAGGAAGUCCCCGAAUUCGACAAAAAGAUUAAUCAGGAGCUUAUCUUAAAAUUGCGCGGACUUCUACAACAAUAUGAUGAGGCUUUAAUCGCAUUUAAUAAGAUUAUGUCAAUGGACACAUUUUCGCUACUUGACAAUGAAGAGCAAUGCAGCCAGCGUCAUGAUCUCACAAUCCACGAAAUGUACGAGACCCGGCUUUUGCGAGUCGAUCGGGGGCCACGGGACCGGAAAGACCCGUUCCAAAGAUGGAUUCACCGCCUGCUCCGCUUUUUCCGCUACCGGCGAUUAAAAAAUAAAGCCGAAAACGACUGUAAAAAUAGCCAUGAGAGUGGCCUUGAAAGUUACUGCGGAAGCGAAAGUAACCAUAAAAGCGCCUGUGAACAUCCGAGGCCUCAAAAUGCGAAUCAUCGAUGGUCAUGCCAGAGCACAGACCUGAUAGCUAAUAUUACCAGCCGAUUGGUAAUAGCAUUGACCACGGCGAUGUUCCUGAUAAUCCCGUUAGUACUAUUAUCCGGGGAGUUGAAUAGGAAGACUCAGCUUGCAGUAAUCGCAGCUUGGGUGAUACUCUUUGCCUGCGUCGUUACAGUGAUGCUGAGAGCUUCGAACUUAGAGAUGAUGGUGGUGACAGCAGCGUAUGCUGCGAUACUGUCUGUAUUCGUUUCUAAUACGCCUGGGGUAGGAUCCUAG